AUGGCAGCUUCAGCUUCGUCUCUCGCUCUCUCCACCUUCAACCCUAACUCCCUUCCUUUCUCCAUCUCCAGACCCUCCUCCUCCCUCUUACCUCCUUCCGUCUCUUUCAAACUCAACUCCCUCUUCCCUUCCUCCUCCUCCGCUAAAUGCAACUCUCGCUUCUUCCGUAACGUGGCCGUUACGGAAGACUUCUCUGUCGAAGAAGAAGACGGCAGUUUCGCUGAUGACGUGGCUCCCCCUCCGCCACAGGAGCAGUCCUUCUCUGCUGACCUCAAACUCUUCGUCGGUAACCUUCCUUUUAACGUUGACAGUGCUCAGCUCGCUCAGCUGUUUGAGAGCGCAGGGAACGUUGAGAUGGUUGAGGUGAUCUAUGACAAGGUGACAGGACGAAGCAGAGGUUUCGGGUUCGUGACUAUGUCUUCUGUCUCUGAAGUUGAGGCAGCUGAACAGCAGUUCAAUGGCUAUGAGUUGGAUGGUAGACAAUUGAGAGUUAACGCUGGUCCUCCUCCACCAAAGAGGGAAGGUUCAUUCUCCAGAGGACCUAGAAGCAGCUUUGGAGGUGGUGGUUCAGGAAACCGUGUUUACGUCGGUAAUCUCUCAUGGGGAGUUGAUGACAUGGCUCUCGAGAGUUUGUUCGGGGAGCAAGGAAAGGUUGUUGAGGCUAGAGUCAUCUACGACAGGGACAGUGGUCGAUCCAAGGGUUUUGGGUUUGUGACUUACAACUCUGCACAAGAGGUUCAAAAUGCUAUUCAAACCUUGAAUGGUGCUGAUUUGGAUGGGAGACAAAUUAGAGUCUCGGAAGCUGAGGCUAGGCCUCCAAGGCGCCAGUUUUGAGCACCCCAAAAACCUUUGGCUUCAUAUUCUCCAAAAAACGCAUAUUCUUAGAGGGCGAAGCAUAUAGAGUUUUGUGAGAGAGGAUGGCAAUUUCGGACCGGUGCUAAGCUCUUCACCUAUGUUUUGUUGUACCUUGGAUGCACGAAUGGUCUUUUAUUUAUUUAUUUUGAGAAACAUAUAAGUAAGGAUUGUAAGUUAAGACCAUGUUCUGUCUGUCUGAAAUGCUGCCAUUAACUGCUUCGCUUUUGGUUUGAUUCUUUUGUAUCUCUAAUCAUAAUGCUUCUCCAUUUUAUCAGUCUAGUUUAUGUCUUUUUUU